AGCCCUAAUCGUCGUGAAUCAUGAAGCAGUUACCACCUCACUUCACUGGAGAGUUUGGUCAUACCAUGGACGAGUCGUCGUCUGAGGUAGAAGUGAAGGUUUCGGAAGAUGUUUCUCUUCCGAACACAGAGGUCGCAGUGAGUGAUACGUCUCCCUUGAAUACAGAGGAAGUUCAUCUAACACAAGAGGAACUCGUCGCCAAAGCAAUAGCUCCAGUGAAGAGAGAGUACCUUCGACCGCGACCCGUCAGGCCUAGCUCUAAUGGCGCUAUUGAUGUUCGAGUUUCGGAACAGAAGUCUAUUUCUUCGAAUGUUGUGACGGAAAAUAAGAAAUCGAAGAGACAGUUGAAGAGAGAACGCCGACAGGAACAGAAAUCGUCGCUACAUAUCUGUCCUGAGGUUGCAAAGACUGGAACUGUCAGUUCAUGUCGUUAUGGUGACAAUUGUCGCUUCAGCCAUGACUUGGAAGCCUUCAAGGCUCAGAAACCAGCAGAUUUGGAGGGAAAUUGUCCUUUUGCCAGUCUUGAAAAGCCAUGUCCUUAUGGAGUGGCGUGUAGAUUUUCAGGUUCACAUAAAGAUGGUGCUCCUGCAGAAACUUUGGGCGUCCAGAAGAUGAGCUACGAAAUGAAUGGACUUAAUAAAGAUGUUCAGAAACUCUUAUGGAAAAAUAAAAUGUGUUUUUCCAGGGCUGAUGCUCAGCUGAAAUGUCUUGGGCUGUCGCUGGUUUUAUUCCAUUUUAUUCCUGAGUUGCAGGGUCAGGCCAAAUCAAAGUCAAAAACUAUUGAAACUAAAAAUGAAUCUGAUCAAGAUGUUUUGAAUGGGUCUAUUGUUUGCCAUGAAGAUAAUGAUAAAGAAGUGGGCGAUUCUGAUAAAGCAACAGACUGCACUCCAGAGGUUCCAUCGGAACAGGAUAUGGAUGUUCAAAGUGAUGACCUUCGACCCCAGAAGAAGGCGAAAAUCCCAGUUGAUGAAAAUUGUUGCUUCAGUGAAGUGGAUAAUGGAUCAACUCUUUCAGGAAAUGAUUUUGAGGAAAACAAUGUAAAAAGUGAAGCAGAAACCAAACCAAGUGACACCUUUCUCACAGAAACCGAUAUGAGCCUCAAAUUACACCCUCGUGAAAAGAAGCUUAUUGACUUCGGGGGGAAGCUGUAUCUUGCACCUCUGACCACUGUUGGGAAUCUUCCUUUUCGGAGGGUUUGUAGGGUAUUAGGGGCAGAUAUAACAUGUGGUGAAAUGGCCAUGUGUACAAAUCUCCUGCAGGGGCAAGCUUCAGAAUGGGCAUUACUGAGGCGCCAUUCAUCUGAGGAUCUGUUUGGUGUACAGAUAUGUGGUGCAUACCCAGAUACCAUUGCACGCACUAUUGACCUUAUAGAUCGUGAAUGUACGGUUGAUUUUAUUGACAUAAAUAUGGGGUGCCCUAUUGAUAUUGUUGUUAACAGGGGUGCUGGCUCUUCUCUUCUUACAAAACCAAUGAGAAUGAAAAGUAUCAUACAGGCAGCUUCCGGCACAGUGGACACACCAAUUACUGUAAAGGUACGGACUGCUUAUUUUGAAGGGAAGAAUCGGAUUGAUUCAUUAAUUUCAGAUAUUGGCCAGUGGGGUGCCACUGCUGUGACGAUACACGGCCGUUCUCGUCAGCAGCGCUACAGCAAGCUUGCGAAUUGGGAUUACAUCUACCAAUGUACGCGGAAGGCACCAGAUUCUUUGCAAGUCCUCGGCAAUGGAGAUGUAUUUUCUCACUUGGAUUGGAACAAUCACAAGUCUGAUUGUCCUGAACUAUCUACUUGCAUGAUUGCUCGAGGAGCGUUGAUUAAGCCCUGGAUAUUUACUGAAAUUAAGGAACAGAGGCAUUGGGACAUCAGUUCCACUGAACGACUGAAUAUUUUGAAGGACUUUGCACAUUUUGGCCUUGAACACUGGGGUUCUGAUAACAAAGGUGUGGAGACAACAAGGCAUUUCUUGUUGGAGUGGCUUAGCUAUACACAUAGAUACAUACCUGUUGGUCUAUUAGAUGUUAUUCCGCAAAAACUGAACUGGCGGGCACCCAGUUAUUUUGGUCGCAAUGACCUUGAGACGCUAAUGGCUUCGGAAUCUGCUGCUGAUUGGAUUCGAAUAUCUGAGAUGCUGCUUGGCAAGGUUCCGGCUGGAUUCACAUUUGCACCAAAACAUAAAUCUAAUGCCUAUGAUAGUGCAGAAAAUGGCUGACUUAGGGACUGCUGGUGCUAUUGUGGGUGAUAUUGGUCUCUGCUUUUAUGGCAAGGUGAUAUUUUUAGUCUUUGCUGCCCAUCCCAAUUGGUACAGACCAUACUAUACUCUUUUGGGCUGUAUCAUUAUAAAUGGUUGCAUCCGAUGAUCCAGUUUUAAUUGUUCAAAUUGGAACCCUUGAGGUAUCCAAUUUAUUGAUGAACUCAACUUGUAAAUCUCUGUUGCAGUGAGAUUCAAGCCUGGGAUUAUUUUCAGGUUCCGAGGGUGAGUACAUGAUGUUGAGAUAUUAACAGUAUUCAAUUUUGUACUACAAAUCUAAGUUAACAAGGAA